AUGGGAACGGGGUUGGAUAGAAUGCCUUCAAAUAAAACAGAACACAGGCAGACAGCAAACCGGUGCCUUGAAGAUGUGCACGAAGGAGAGGAUGAACCUGGAUUCAGACCCCCAACACCCCCAGAUGGGGGCUGGGGUUGGAUGGUGGUUCUUGCAUCCUUUUUGUGCAAUAUGAUUGUUGAUGGUGUGUGCUUCUCUUUUGGAGUGGUCGCCAAGACAUAUCAGAAAGAGUUUGCAGCUUCUCAUUCGAUGGUUGGUUGGGUUGGGUCAUCUUUGGCUGGCUGCUACUUGCUAGUAGGACCUUUUGUGAGUUUCCUGUGUGUUCGCUAUGGAUGCCGGAAGGUGACAAUGAUUGGCAGUGUUGUGACAAUGGCUGGGUUUAUAAUAAGCACACAGGCUAGCAAUGUGGGAAUGCUGAUUUUUACGUAUGGUGUCAUCGGAGGUAUUGGUUUUGGCAUGGUGUAUUUGCCAUCAAUAGUCUGUGUCGGAUACUGGUUCGACAAAAAACGGGCUUUCACUACAGGCAUUGCCGUUUGCGGCACAGGAAUGGGCCAAUUUGCCUUUCCCCCGUUGGCCCACUACCUUCUGACGGAGUACGGUUGGGAAGGUAAAAACUUAAUCAUGGCAGGCAUUGUGCUCCACUGUGCAGUAUGUGGUAUGACAUUUCUCCCACUGGACCGCCAGGUUGAAAUAGAAAGAGGUGCCAUCAUGAAAGCACUAAUUGAACACAAAAAUAGACAAAGAACAACUUCUAAUGGUUCACUGGAUAAUUGCAUCAUAACAGUUGAUAACCGCCUUAUUAAACUAGAUCAAAAACUGUUGGAAUGCAAAAGAAACAAUUCUUUUAUUGCCAGAUUUAAGCGCCAGCUUGGAUUUAGUUCACAAAGUCUGGCAUCUUCAAAAACUAGCAUUCAGGGAAUUCCCAGUAUUGUUAUUGAUGCUGUUCAGAAAGACUUGAACAAAACAGCAGUGGCAGCAUCAACUCCUAUUUAUAGACCAAAUGGCAUCAGAGUACCAGAAGAUCUUUCACAGUCACAGCUUGUUUCAAAACGGGCUUCUCUUCCCGACGGCAGUGUCUUAACAUCAUCGUCUCCCCUACCUAAUGGGACAGUUCCGGCUGCAAAUGGUGGAGUGAAAGAAAAUGGUGUAGCAAAAACACAAAGCUGUGAAGUGAUUCCGAGUGAAGAGAAUUUAUGGAUUGGUCAGUCACAAGACGAAGGUUUAACCUUCAAAGUUAAACAGGUCGGCAGCCUUCCAUCUGUGAGUCACUCCGCGAGCAAUCUGGAGACACUGUCCUUUUCUCCGUCUGCUGAUGGGAGUGUAAUUAGCAUUCAGGUAAUUGAAAAUUCUGUAUGCAGUAAAUGUUCUGCCCACAGAUACAGAUCUGGUCACUCAGUUUCCAGUGUCUACUCCAGCCGGAUGACAUCGUCAAAGACUUCCUACGUCACAGGCAGUGUUCUGAGUGUUCCGCAAUCUAGUGUGUAUGACGACGACCUGGAGUAUGAUCUCGACCGUCACAUGUCACUGGCAUCAAAGUGCUGGCAGAUCUUGUGUGACAUGUUUGAUAUCAGGCUGAUGUUGAGCCCGGUCUUUGCUCUGUUGGUUUUGUCUUCGUUUGUCACUUUGCUGGCCUUCUACGUUCCAUUCUUCUACUUUCCCGAAAAAGGAGUAUUAGUCGGAAUGUCAGAAAGCUCAGCAACCUUCCUGCUAUCCAUCGUGGGAAUCACCAACACCAUCGGCAGGCUGUUGUGUGGUUGGCUAGCGGACAGGCCCUGGGUGAACACCCUCCACCUCAACAAUUCUGCCCUGAUUUUGGCUGGCAUUGCUUUAUUGUUUUGUCCUCUGUGUAAAAGUGAAGAACCUCUGGCGGCCCUGGCUGCUAUUUUUGGUCUUUGUGUGGCUGUGUAUGUGUCCUUGAGGUCCAUCCUGCUAGUGGAUCUUCUGGGUCUGGAGAUGUUGACCAAGUCUUUUGGUUUGCUCAUCUUGUUCCAAGGAGUGGCAGCUUUUAUUGGUGCCCCAAUUGCUGGUCGCCUCAGAGAUACAACCGGUGAUCUUAAUAAUUGUUUUUACUUCGCUGGCAUCUUGACCCUUUGCUCUGGGGUUUUAAUGUUACCGAUCUCCCGACUUCACAGAAGAGCGCAGCAAAACAAGAAGUUAUCUUCAGCUACGAGCAACGACAACACAGUCACCGAAACAUUGAAACUGGACACACCUGAAACCCGAAUCUGA